CCUAGAUGGUAUACUUUAUGGGCGAAGCUGCUAAUGUUUUUAUUCAAUACUGAGGUUAGACAACGAUCAAAUUCGUCACUGCUGUGUCAGAGGGGUUUUCAGUUCUCAGACAGGCGCAACUGGAAUGCAGCAAAAGACUUGCAGAGAUACAGACGUCAUUACCCGGAUCUGACAGAAUCAGAAGAUAAGGAGGAAGAAGAGAUGUGGAACUUAAGCUUUUAUAAAAAUGAGAUUUGUUUCUUGCCCCAGGGUUUGCAUAUUGAAAAUCUGCUUGAAUCUUGGUGGGACAACUAUGAAGUCCUGGAAGAAAACCAUUCUUACAUACAGUGGCUAUUCCCUUUACGUGAACAUGGGAUGAACUGGCGUGCCAAACCACUCACUUGUCAAGAAAUCCAGGCCUUUAAGAAGUCCAAGGAAGUUAUGCAAAGGUUUGUACGUGCUUAUCAGCUCAUGCUGAGAUUUUAUGGAAUUGUUCUGCUCAACGAGGAAACUGGAGAACUUAAGAGAGCGGAGAAUUGGGCUGAACGAUUUCAAAACUUGAACCGGUUCAGCCACAACAAUUUGCGGAUUACUCGCAUCCUGAAGUGCCUGGGGGAGAUGGGAUAUGAACACUAUCAAGUGCACUUGGUAAAGUUUUUCCUAACAGAAACUCUUGUUGAGGAGACAUUACCAAAUGUCAGGAGAAGUGCCUUGGAUUACUUCCUGUUCACCAUCAGAAGCAAACAGAAGAGAAGAGAACUAGUCCAUUAUGCUUGGCAACACUUCAGACCUCAAGACAGCUUUGUGUGGGGGCCGCACAACAAACUCUUGAAGUACAGACCCCUCUCUGCUGAGUCACGGCUGCACCAAAACACUGAAGAUAAACAGGAGGCUCCUGGUAAAAAAUGUGAUGAUUCUGUGGAGAAGGAUUGGAACCAGUCUCUAGAGGAAGAACAGAAAGCUGGAGAUGCUGCAGACUUGCAGCCUAAAUUGAAUGAUGAAGAUGUAAAAGAGAAGAUAAGUGAAUCUGUUUUGAAGGGAGGAGAUGGUGAAGAGGAAAAAGAGGCUUCAUUUACCCAGCAGGAGGAGGAGGAUUUAAACGGUGAGGCUGAAGAAGUGCAGGGUAUAACAGAGAAUGAUUGCACAAAGGAGAGCAAGAAGAGAAAACUGGAUGCAAAUAUGGGAGACACUAAAAAGAGUGGGCCAUUGAAAAGCCCUACUGAUAUUGAAAACAUAUCCCGUAAUCUGGGAGAAUGUGCAAUUGAUGCAGAAAUCCCCUCCUCAUUUCCACUCUUAGAAGCAGAAGAGGACCAGGAAACACUGAAAGAAGACGAUGCAAACACCAAAGUCUCAGCGGUGCUGGAGACCACUGAUGCAGCUGUAAAACGAAGGAAAGUUGAUAAAAGAACAAAAGCAUUCCACUUGGCCAUAAACCUGAACAUGGGGCCCUCUGCCUCUAGUGCCCGGUUAAAUCCAUCUGUUGCAAACGCUGAGGCUGAAAAAGAAAAUGUCAGUGAGAAAAAUGCAACUGUGGAAGUGACAAGUGAGAAGGGUGGUAGUGAUGCGAAUAGUGGGGUUGUGAGACCCCUGGUUGAUUCCAGGCUCCCCAAGACUGACAGGACUUCUCCAAUAAGUGAUGGGUUGGAGGCAAGUGGAGAUCAAGUCACAGCAAAGAGUGAUCAGCACCACUGUGACAGCACAUUCCUGGGAGGCAAAAGUGAGGUAGAUGGGGUAGAACAGCAUAAAAAGCAAGUGAACGAAAAAGAAAAUGCAAGUGAGAAGGGACAAGCAGAAGUCACAGGCAAGAAACAAGUUCCAGAGAGUCUUGAGCAGAGCGUGGCAUCCGUUUAUCCUGAAGAAGACAGUACUGAGGUUACAAUACAGAAACCUGAAAGCUCUGAGGUAGCAGCAGAACCUCGUGAAGAGCAGGUAGCAGCAGAGUGA